AUGGCGCUCUCUCAAGCCGCCGCUCUCGUCGAGAAGCUCGUCGGCCAUACCGGCGAUGCCACGACAGAGCAGAAUCUCACCAAUCCCUCCCAAGACCCUGGCAAAUAUGCCGAUCCUAGUGGUGAAAAGAUGAAGGCCUUAAUCUGGAACGGCAAAAACAGUGUCAAAGUUAUCGAGACCUUCAAGCCCGCACGCAUCGAGGACACGGAUGUGAUUGUGAAGGUCACUGGGUCCACCGUCUGCGGAUCUGAUCUGCAUUUGCUACAUGGUUCUGUGAUUGAGUUGCAGAAGGGCGACAUCCUCGGUCAUGAGUUCUGUGGUGUCAUUGACUCAGUCGGUCCCGGCAUCAAGAAAGUGAAGCCAGGCCAGCGAGUGGUGUGCAGUUUCCAGAUUGCAUGUGGAUCGUGUAUGUACUGUCAAAAGAAAUGGAGCAGUCAGUGCGAAAAGACGAAUGACAACACCAUCGAGAACGCGAUGUAUGGAGGGAGGACGGCGGGUAUGCUGGGCUAUUCACAUUUCACAGGCGGGUAUGCUGGUGGCCAAGCGGAGUAUGUGAGAGUUGCGUACGGCGAUGUGAACCUCCUGCCCAUCCCCGAUGGAGUGCCGGACGAGAAGGCACUGUACCUGAGUGACGUGCUGAGCACGAGCUGGAACUGUGUGGUGGAUACGGGCGUCAAGAAGGGAGAUGUUGUCGCCGUCUGGGGCGCGGGACCGAUUGGUCAGAUGUGUGUCGACUUCUCAUUUAUGUGCGGUGCGAGCAGAGUCAUCCUAAUCGAUGGCGGUGCUGGCGCAUGGCGACUAGACUACGUCAAGAAGAAGAUCCCAAAGACAGAAACACUGGACUUCACCAAUCUGCCGAAGGGCGAGAGCGUCACGAGCCAGCUGAAGAAGAUGGAGCACGGUGGGCCAGAUGUGGCGCUUGAAUGCGUUGCAGGAGAGUAUGCGAAGGGAUGGGCACACUACUUCGAGAUCCUACUCGGUGCCGAGACAGAUACGUCUGAGAUUAUCAACGAGAUGAUCACUAGUGUCAAGAACUUUGGUCGUGUCGGUAUCACGGGUGUAUAUGUUGGCUUCAUGAACCAUUUCAACAUUGGCUCGCUCAUGGAGCGAGGUAUCCGUCUCAUCGGUAAUGGCCAAGCACCGGUACAUCUGUACUGGGAAGAGCUGCUCAAGAAGAUCCAAGACGGCUCGAUCGAACCAUUGAAGAUGGUCAGCCACCGAGUACUGCUGGAAGAGCUUGAGGAAGUGUACAAGCGAUAUGAUGCCAGAGAAGAGGGCAUGCAGAAGGUGUUCGUCCAGACGAAGUUCUCAGAUCCUCCAUCAGAGGGUGCACCGAAGUUGACAACUUAUGGGACUGCUUCAUAA